AGUGACAAAUAACGAGACAGAGAAAAGCAACUGCGUCCAGAUGCAGCCAUUACCAAACUAUCAUAACAAUCAUAUACCAUUAAAUAAUAAUUCCAUGUGGCACUUGAUUAAAUGAUAGUAUUUUUCUCGACUCGAUCCAACCAUUUUCCCAGGGGGAAUGUGAGAAGGAAUCUAUAUAAGGUUGGCUCCCAUAACGCCCCUCAACACUCGCUCUUCAGUUGUUCUACCAACACAACACAACACAACCAACUCAACAUGUUCAAGCAGGUGGCCGCGAUACUGUUGACAGUGGGUGUAGUCGUGGUCCUUCCCACUGAUCCCUACGGUCAACCAAGCUAUAAGUCGAACCCCAUGCCCUACAACUUCGCCUACGGAGUUAAGGACAACUAUGCCGGUACCGACUUCGGCCACAAUGAGAACUCUGACGGCUCUACAGCGAAGGGUUCAUACAAUGUUGUGCUCCCUGAUGGCCGCAUACAAACAGUGAACUACGUGGCUGACCACUACAACGGGUACCAGGCUCAAGUGAGCUACAAGGGUGAGGCUCAGUACCCUCACGAAUACGGUCCCCCAGUUACCUUCAAGCCCCAAUACCAGCCUUCUUACCAACCCUCCUACCAACCUUCCUACCAAUAAAUGUUGAUCUAACAUUUGAGUUUUAACAUUUCUCUCCUGGUCUGUAAUGAACCUACUUGCACUAUGUUAGACUACACAAACAAGAUAUAUUUUUCAUAUUAUCAGAAACAUUAAGAAAUCAUGUAAGGGUUAUUUUCGCAAAAACAUUAUGUGAAGGGUAACCGAAGAAUGUUGAGGUAAUGUCAAUAAUUCCUUAACUUCAUUCACAAUGCACUCUGCAACACAAACUUUAUUCACA